ACAUGUGACCAGUUUUGACCAAGGGGAAGAAGGGAGGAGAGGGGUGGAGAGGAAGGGGGCACUUUUAGCAGACAGGAGCAGAGGUCUUCCAGCACUGAGGGUCGUCAAGUACGAAGGAUUUUAAGUAAACCAGCAACAUGUCUUGGCUUGGGAACUUCUUGGCCAACCGAUUCCUCAUUAAGGCUAAGGCACAGGCCGAGGAUGAAGACAUUGUAGAUCCUCAGGAGACACUCAAGGAGAAGUGCCGCGCCAACCCAAAGUGUGUCAGUCUCCAUGAGAAAUUGGAAACAUGCAAUGCCAGAGUUCGUAGCAAAAAACAAACUACUGAAACAUGUGCUGAAGAACUGUACGAUUGGUUCCACUGUGUUGACCAUUGUGUAUCCCACGACCUGUUUAAGCAGCUGAAGUAGAGAUCAAAUAUUGUAAUUAGUUUGAUAGACUUAUGGAAACAGCCAUAGUCAAAUUGUGUACAGUGCAUUCAAACACUAAGGAAUAUUUUGUUCUUCACCUCACCAUCCUGAUUUUUAGCAGUCAAUACUGCGAAUGUAAUUAUAAAGUAUAAAUUGAAUAAAACAUUACUUCGGCUUUAAAUGGCUUGAAA